UAAAUGGAUAGAAUAACGGAAGUCGUUUAUUUUAAAGAUUUAUUUCUUACCUUUCGAGGCAAGUUUAACUUUUGUGUUUUCGUUUUUACAGCGACUGUGGGCCAAAACAGUACAAAUAGUAUAAGUAUAAAGUAUAUAAACAAGACAAAAAUUACUUUUUAUGAAAGUUAGGAAACAACUAUGGUUUACCAAUAAUUUUGUGUAUACCUAGUUUACGAUAAUUUACGCAAAAAAUGCCACGAAGUAGAAGUAGAUCACCACCACCAAAAAGAGGUACGAUAAUUUUUUUUUUUAGUUAACUUACACUUACUAUCACACUAUCACUAGACUAGUUACACUCAUUUCACUCAACAGUUUCAGUUACUGAGUAAUGUGAGUUACCCUGAAUCACUUACACUUACUGUUAAUUAAUAUUACUAUAUAAUUAUAUUAUAAAAUAGGCCUACUAUUACUAUUAAUUAUUAUUCACUAUACAACUUAUACUUAUACAGUUUACAGUCAGGCACUGAGAAAGUAAUAUGAAAAAAGGUGGAAAUGUUAAGGACAACUGCCACUAUUUUAUCGAAUUUCACGAAUGAGUUGAAUGUAUCCCUUAAUCGAUCCCUAUGCCUAACCUGAACCCUAAAAAUGUGACGGCACAUAUUAAAUGGAUGGCUCCUAAUUACGUAUCACACAGUACCUGGUCUAUACAAUUUAAGACCAAUUUGAAUAUAGGUGUCAUGAAAUCUCUUGUUUAGUCUGUUUAGUUCAAUGACUCUCAUACAUCAUACAGGAAACAAAAAUAGUUGAUUACAAAUUAAAUAUGGUUUCCAACAUAUAGUGCUAGCAGACUUACCUAUUGUAUAGGCAGUAUAGGUAGUGCAAUAAUUAGUUUUGAUAUCAGCGACAAGCAUUAUAAGUCCGAUGAAAAAAACUAGAUCGUAAAGAUCGCCCUCCUCUUGUGAACGAAAUUGGCAACAGUGUGUCGAUUGUCUGUCCCUUAUAUAAACAAAGGAAACUAGAUCUCCAUAUGACACCGUUACCUACCUGCAUUAACCGGUUACCUGUUUACUUUCUGUUUCUUGCGUACAAAAAAAUGAUCAGCAUGUGCCGCUUAGUAAAGUACUUACUAGUAGUAGCAGUUGUAGUAAUAGUAAUAUUAGUAAUAUUUAAUAGCAAAUUGAGUGUUGACCGUUUUUGGCUAUGUUUUAAUAGCCUUCUCUGAGUCUGACUGUUUUUAGGUCUUUACUACAUACUAUUCUAAUACUAAUUUUAAAAAUAUUACUUAAAAGUUAAGCUAUAUGGGAUGGGCUUAAAACUUUACAUGUUGCAAUAUACUAUAAUAAUAAUGUGAAUCAAAAAUAAUUAGUCCUAGCCUAAUUAACUUAAUUUUAAAUUAUUUUGCAGACAGAAGAAGAUCAAGAUCUCGUUCUCGUGAUCGCAGACGUAAGUAGCACUUAAAUAAUCCUAUCACUAUUGCCUAUUAAUCCAAGUUGUCAAUAACAUGCUCAAGUCAUUCUCUUAUUUUAUAAUUUCACAUUGUUAACUCGGUGGUCCCUAAUCAUUAAGCCUAAUGAAAUAGCCAAAUUUAAUAUUCUACCCCAGUACAAAGGCAUUUUAUAAUGCAUAAAAUUUGUAGGUGUGAUGAGUAAGCAUAGGCCAUUGGUCUCGCAUAGACCAUUGGUCUAUUCUUUGAUUUUAUUUGACCAACCUCUUAUUUCUAUUGUAGUUCCAUUUUAUUUUUAAGGGGAUUGUACCAAAUAACAUCACUAAACUGUGAUUAAAUAAAACUUUCUAGGUUUUUUUUCUCCCUUCAGAUUGCAUGAUUUUAAGUAGGCAACAAUAAAAAUUCAAAUAAAAAUGUAUGUGUUUCUGACUUCAGAUAGAAAACCGAAAAGAAGUAGGUCCAGAUCGCCCAGACAUAGAGUUUCUCCACCACCAAGACACAGAUCUCGAUCAGCUUCACCAAGAAGAAGGUAAGUGUGAAUUAAAACUAAGAAUGAGAGUUGGUGGAGUCUUGAAAAUUUGUUCCUGGGACAAAAAGCUCAUUUCUAAAAAAUAGGCGAUCGCCCCUUAGAAUAAAUGCGGCUGUUGCUUUGUCUUGACAUUACAGGCAUAUAUGCUGCUAUAGAUGUCAAUUAACUUUUGGUUAAGUGCAGAUCACAGUCUUUUCUCUGGUAAUAAAUAUAUGCUCUCCAUGACAUGCUUUGAGGGAAUUAAGUGUUAACUGUGCACUGCACUGGUCAGGUGCUGAUUUCAAAUAAAACAGUUUUCAAAAUAGAGAUUCAGUUACUGCUUACCAUCUUAUAAAGUAUCAUGUAAAUAUAGCCUUACUAAGUAGAACAUGAUAUGUUGUAGCUUCAAUAAAAAAAAAAGCAAGACAAUGAAAUAAAAGUUUCUGCUAAAUAUAUCUUUUUUAUAAUUUUCAUGUGUUUCGCAUUGUUGAAUUUGCAGAGGAAAUCAUUCAGCCGAAAUUUUCUUUUUAUUAAUUUUAUUGUCAUGGUUUGUUAUUCAAGCUGCAACAUAUCUUGUUAUUAAUAUUUCUUUCACAUGGCUUGCACAGUCUCUAAAGCAAUAUAUUUUAUAAGAUGAAUUAUGGGGAAAGCUUCUUAAAAUCUAUAACAUUUUAAACAUUACCAUACAACACAACUUUGUUUAAUUUAAAUGACAUCUUUAAAGUUGUUGUUUUUCUUCGAGAUUUUUUUUUCCUAUUCCUUUUAUGAUAAAGUACUCAGUAGGGAGGAUAAAAUAAUUUUGUAGCAACAAUUUGGUUACAAAGGAUUUUUGUUAUGGUUAAAAUUGAAUUAAAUUGUAAAUGUUUAAGUAAACAGUGAAUUUCGCAAAUUAAUUAUUUUUUAAAGGAGUAGGCAUUUGUACAAUUUUUUAUUUGUUUAAACUUAAUUUUGGACAAUAAUGGUGAUGACUUUUGUUUCAGGUCACCAACGCCUCCUCCAAAACGAAUUAAAGAAGUGUAAGUAUUAUAAUUUUACCAUUGUUUUUCUUUUUCCAUUAAUGUUAUUUGUAUUCUAUAUUUGUGUAUAUUAAAAAUUACUAAAACUUUAAGCAGAUGUAAAGUAAUUUUAAAACUGUAAUGUAAUAUGGCUACCUCAAUAAAAUUAUAUUUUUCAUAACAGUAGGGGAAUGUUGAUAAAAUCCAAUAAAAAAUCCAAGAUUCUUUUUAAAACCAUUUACAAGUCACACCUCAAUAGUAUUUUGUGAUAUCCAAGAUUGAUUAUGCUGUGCCACUCUCAUUUUAAGUCCUGCUUAAUAUAUUUGUUGCAUUUUUUUUACAUAUGUAAGUUUGAAGGCUAAAACAUUGUGACUGUAUAAAAGUGUCAUUAACUGUUAUUUUAUCUUGCUUAUCAUCUUAAAUAGAGAUCCAGGAAAAACAGAAAAAAAGGCAGUUGCAGUUGCAGAAACAGCAGAAGUAGAUGGUUAGUAAUUUGUAGUAUGAUAGAACUGAAAAAAGAUAAAUAAUUAAAGGUGUAAAUAAUAGUCCACUAGAUUAGUCUCUCAAAAAAAAAAUGUUUCUUGUACUUAGACAGUGUUUAUAUCUAUGUAGAUACUCAUCCUGUUAAUACCAAUUACUCACAUUAAUAAUCACUUUGCUUUUCCAGUAAAAGUAUGGCUAGGAUUUUUUAAGCCUAUUUGCAAAGGGAUUUAUAGUUUCCUUAGAUAUGCUAACUACUUGAAUUUUAUUUAUUUUAAACCUGCUUAUGCUACUAAAUUUAUGUCCUAUUUCAAUUUACCUGAAUUUCAAGUUACUGAGUCCUCUUUAGCAUUUAUAAAAAUAAAUGACAUAAAAUGGAGCACUUACUUUUGUUAAAGAUUAAUUGCGAAAAAGAUAAUCAAAAUGAGUUCCCUUUGUACUCCUUAUUAGUUUAUCUUCUGUAAAUAUCUGUUACAGUGUCUAAACUAGAAGGUCUUGAUGAAGAGCAAGUUAACAUGAUGAAACUUAUGGGAUUUGCAACAUUUGACACAACAAAAGUGAGUAUCUCAAAAUACUAAAAAGAUAUAAUCUACUUAACUAUUUUACCAGCUAAUAGGUUUGGUUUUGAUAUAACAUUUGGAGCUGUAGAGCUAUACAUUAUGUAAUUUUUUUUUAUUUAUCAAAUAGGCUUUCAAUUUCACAUGGGAUAGUCUUUAGCUGAUUUAAAAAUCUAUUUGUUAUGCAAUAAGCCCAUAAAAAAGUGUAGUGUGUUUUCCUUGAUUUAAGAAAGAUCAUGAAAAGAUAUUCUAAAAUAUAUCACACUGAAAUGGUUCUGUUGGGAGGGGGUGGGGGUUUGCGCCUAAACAUUUUGAGAUAUCUCUUAGGUUGCAAGCUAUGACCUGUCAGAAAUAGGAUUUUUAAGAGACCAUGUUGAAAAAAUAUUUUCUAGUAGUUUUACAAUUGAAAUAUUUUUUAGCUUCUUUCUACAUCUGUUGACGAAUGGGCUAAGAAAUACGAUUGGUUUGGGACCAUCCAUAAUUAUAUCAUAUGUGCACAGAGAAGAGGGGGGAUGGGGUUGUCUUGCGUGUACAGGUGUGCAUGGGAGGGGGGAAGGUAUCUACAUAUUUUUAAAGGCUAUAAAAUAACACCGCAUCACUCAGUAAUGAUGAUGAUUUUCAUAUUGUUGCUUUGUGUUUUAAUAAUGAAGUCGCUAGAUAUGGCAACAAUUAUAUUAAGCGUAGUCGCCCAAGUGACAAAUUCAUUACCAAUUUUCAAAACCCAUUUGAGAGCUUUUUUAUUCUGAUAAUCAGACAAUUUGGAUUUGAUGUUUUUUUUAGAUUUUUUAAAAUAUAUUUGCAGGGUAAAAAAGUUGAUGGAAAUGAUGUAUCUGCAGUAAAUUUACAAAGAAAAAGAAGAUAUAGGUGAGCUAUUUUGAUUAAAAAUAUAUUUUACCUCUAUUAUAUAUAAUUAUUGGAACAUUGUUUUAUACAUAUUGUUGUUAUAUUAUAUGAUUUACUGGUAGUGAUAUGAAUAUGUUCGAUUUAUUUUUCAUAAUUUAAGUUAAAUUUAGGUGGUCUCUUUCUAAACAAUUAAAAUUGUGUUGCACUGAUUUUAGAGAUAAAAUAUACCAGGGUAUGACAAAUACAAAUAUUCUUGGUGUAUUGUAUGACUUCUGGACUCCUUGUCCUUUAAGAAAAUUCUUGGUUCGAUCGUAAAACCUAGUUUUAAUUUUGACUUGUUUCUUAAUUUUUAAAAUUUCUUAGUUAAGUUGGUUUUUUUUUAAAUCUUCACGCACAUAAAGUUUUAAAAACAAAACCUAAAAACAAAGUUCAUCAUAUAAAUCCUUUAUAAAAUGUAAUAUCAAGCAAUGGGAAGGUGGGGCUUAAAAUUUGACAAAACAUGCAUAAUGAAUAUUUCUUUCACUCCUCUGAACUAUAUUAAUAUUCUAAUUCCCACCUGCUUUUACACAGCAUAUUUAUUUCACCAAAAAUUUUAGAAAAAAAAAAUUUUUAAUAUUAAACACCAAAUGCACUUGCGACAUAUUUUAUUUUUUUUUAAAUCACAUUUAGCACAGUUAUCGGAAAUUUCAUUUAACUUCCCCUGGAAAUCUGAUUUUUGGGGUUGGGGCUGAAAAUUUGAUAUAUAAUGUUUUGUCAUCUGCAAUGAGUCUCUGUGUCAAGUUUCAGCUCGAUGGGUUGACUGGAAGUGGGUUAAUUAGCCGCCAGCCACCCAUGAACAAAAGCGAAGUUAAUAUAAAAGAUUUUUAAAAGAAAGCAUACGAAAACCUACUAUUUUAAGAAAAUACACAAAAAGUUUUAACUAAAUAUCCACAAAAUUAAAAGCUUUGGUUGUGGUAGUAAAAUUAGGGCACUUUAAUGAGCCUUAUAUAUAGAAUAUUUGAAAAUAAUUAUAACCAGCGACCUUAAACCCAUUAAGGUUAACAAGAGGACAAAUUUGAGUUCCUAUCCACAACACACCUACCUAUGUCAUUAUUAAUUUUGUCUUCAAUUAGAAAUUGUGACACCAAUCACUUAAAAACUUGAAUUUGAAACACAUAGUUUAGAGUGUAGACGGUGGGCCAGUUCUUUGUUUAAAAAUUUAAAAGGUUUAAAGGUCAUGCUGACCACCUUUUCUAAGCAUUCAAAAGGAAUGAUUGGCAGAGAACAAUUUAGAGUAAUGCAUUAACAUUUUGUUGUAAAGACUUCACUUGCAUGUGACCUCAAGCUUGUUUUAUAUGUUUUGACCAAGAUUAAAGACAGACGUGUAUAUUUUAAUUUUCAGGCAAUACAUGAACAGAAGAGGAGGAUUUAACAGACCUUUAGAUUUUGUGGCAUGAUGUUCUCUUUCUAUUAGACAUUUUAUUUUUUUACCUCAUUUACAAAUGAAAAGCUACAUGACUCCAUCAACAUGUGGUUAAAGAAAAUAUACAGUGAUUAGGGAUUAGGAAUGACGACUGUUGCAUUAAUGUGCAAAAAAAAGAAACUUGAGUUUUUGUAAAAAAGCUCUGAGUGUGUGGCCAGGUAUAUCUAAUUUAUAUCCUUGAGGUCACUUUAAUUGGUGUUUUGUUUGAAACUAGAAAUAAUUUUGUGUAGUAAAUGGAGAUUUAAAAAAAACAACAAGAAAAUCACUUAGGAUAAUUUAAAGUGAUUUUAAAGUUUUAUGGUUAAGAACUAAGUAUAUGGUACACAACAAUGAACUAUUUUGUCACAUCGUUGUGACAACUUUUGCAAUAUAAAAAAAAAAUAUCCUCAUCUGUUUUACAUUUAACUGUUCCCAUGUGUUGCUGCUACUGAAUAAAAUUGAUAAUGUCAGUC